UGCAGACUGCAAUCAGUCCGAGAGUUUCAGCGUAACUUCAGGUGGACGAGCGGCUUCUUCCAACUUUCUCUUUACUCUUUAAGAUUUCAGGAUGGCUGAGAGGAGGAUGACGGGAAGGACUGAAGCAGAGCCAGACUUCUUGCAGUUUAAUGAUCUGGCCUGUGAGACGGUCGGUGGGAAGGUUAUUUUUGCAACAGACGAGUGGUUUGCUCCUGCCAAAAACCUGCUGAAGAGAGAGCCGCCACAGUUCAUCGCUUCUGCCUUCACAGAGUUCGGAAAAUGGAUGGAUGGAUGGGAGACGAGGAGGAAGAGAAUUCCUGGUCAUGACUGGUGCAUCAUCCAGCUGGGAGUUCCUGGGCUGAUUUACGGCUUCGAUGUCGACACGUCUUUCUUCACAGGAAACCACUCACCUUACAUCUCUAUUCAGGCCAGCUGUCUGGAUCCGAUGCCCUCCUUGACCCUGGAAGGAGACCGGACCGGGAUGUCCGCUUCUGAGAGUCAGAUGGCUGCUGUCGCCAAGCUUGGUUCGGAGGCGUGGCCAGAGCUGGUGUGUGUGUCGCAGCUGCAGCCUGGAUACUCAGACUGCUGCCACAACUACUUCAAGGUCCACUUUAAUAGUAGGGUCACACACUUGCGCCUCAACAUGUACCCAGAUGGAGGCAUGGCCAGACUGCGGGUGUAUGGCAUUGGCCAGAGGGACUGGUCCUCCAUCUCCACCAAUGAGAACGUUGACCUGCUGGCUCUGACCAAUGGGGGAGUAUGCCUCGGUUACAGCGACGCCCACUUUGGACAUCCACGCAACAUGAUUGGUCUUGGCCGAGCUGCCAACAUGGCUGACGGAUGGGAAACGGCCCGCAGACUGGACCGACCCAAAAAACUGAAGGCGGACCGGCGUGGGAUCCUGCAGGUUCCCGGUUGGGAGUGGGCGGUGUUUCGUCUUGGUCAUUUAGGACUGAUCAGCAGCAUUGAGGUCGACACCAACCACUUCAAAGGUAACUUCCCAGACUCCUGCCGGAUCGAAGCCUGCCUCCUGAGCCCUGAACAGGAGGCUCAGUGCUUCAGAACCAGGUGGAGUUCUGUGAAAUGGGAGGUCCUUCUCCCCCCUCAGAAACUCCGUUCUCAUCACAGGCAUCACUACAGCCAGAUGGACCUGACUCUGAGCCGUCCUAUCAGUCACAUCCGUCUCACCAUCGCUCCAGACGGAGGAAUCAGUCGCCUCCGGCUGUGGGGUCGACCCACACCGAUCACUGAAGCUCCAGCCAAUCAACAGACACCAGCAUCUAAACUCUGACAAACCUCAGAGCUCAUCUAGUAUCAGUUAGCUAAAAAUCACAGUGGACACAAAAAUGUUAGACUUUCACUCUUUGAAUGUCAUUUAAAGAUAAAUAAACUUAGAAGAAAAUA